CAAGGUACAGUGCCUUUAAGUAUGCUGCUGCCAAAGUUAUUUCUGGUGGCUGCCCUUAUGGAUGGCAUCAGUACAAUAAACGUUGUUAUUGGUUCAGGAGAGACAAACUGAACUGAUACAGAGCUUCUAUGAGAUGUGCCGCCAUGGGAGGAUACCUGGUAUCCAUUGACCAGUCCCACGAGAACACUUACAUCAGACACAUGUGCAGCAUUUACGGAUACAGAAGAGGAGCAUGGCUGGCUUUAAACGAUAUUCUGAGACCAAACAAGCAUAGAUGGUGCUGGGGGUUCAUUUCAAAACCAUGUCAUAAAUUUGACUGGUACGGUGAGGAACCAGUUUACCACACCACUGGUGAUUAUAAUUGUGGCGCUUUCUGGAGAUCAUACAAAUUCCACUGGCAUGUUGAUAGCUGUCAACAGAAAAACUACUACGUCUGCGAAAAAAAUUUGGGAAAACCAUGUGUCUGUGCUUACUGA